CCGCGCGGUUCUCUGCACAAUUGAAGCGGAAGAAAACGGAAAACAAAAGAAAUACAAAUUACAAUAGAAGGCAAUUAUUUGCAGUUAAUUUUCGGGUGAUAAAGUGAAAAUAUGAUCAAAAGUGAAGAAGCUGUGAGUGAGCUGAACAAUCGUGCCAUGGGUGUGGAUCAACUGGGCGGUUUCUAUCAUCACCAUCAUGCCCCUCCGCAUCCGCAUCCCCAUCACAUAUCGUCGCAGCACACACACCUUCCGUUGUCUCACACACACACGCACCCGCAUACACUGAGCCAUCACGGCUCGUCGCAUCAUCUGUAUCGCGGUGGGAAUCUGCUGCCUGCUGCUGGCAGCAAUUUCCAAUCGAUGGGUGGUGGCGAUUCACCCACCGAACUAGUGGAUGAGAAGCCCAACAUCAGCUAUAUGGAACGCAAAUACUACACCACCACGACGAUAGAUGGCGCUGGCAAUGUCACGCCCACCAUCAGCCAGCACUACGGUCUGAGUGGAUUGCAUCACAACAUGGGCGGCACCCCGCCGGCACCCUCCAGUCCAAUACCGCCAUAUGGCGUACUAAUGACCACCCAUUCAGCGGGCUCGAUCUCGCCCAGUUCCAGCUCCAAGACGCCCACCGAUCAGGAGAUGUAUGUGAGCUCCUCGGUGGGCAAGCCGCUGCAGCUGCAGCCGAUGAAUCAUCAGUAUACCUCCACCAUCAAGUACUGCUCCAACAAUACGAUUCUCAGUGCCAACGAUUACCAUCAACUGACCAUCCACGAGGCGGAUCAGCAACAACAGCAGCAGCAACAACAACAACAGCAGCAACAGCAACAGCCACAGCAGAAUUCUCCAGUCUCUGGCAGCUUUAUGCCCCGGAUUUCCUCCUCACCUACGCAGGUGAUCGCAAAUGCUCAUGGUCACGGCAUGUCCGGAUUGAACUACUCAAGUGCCAGCUCAUCGCCAGCCAAGUCAUUGAAUGGUUCCGAAUCGACGUCGACAAAUCAGACACACGAUGGACCCAAUGUCCAACAACAGUCCAAGUCAAGUGGCUCCAGUGGUCAGGACAACAGCACGCCGGAUACUACGAAAAAGUCUGGUACUCGACGUCCCGAAAAGCCAGCUCUUAGUUACAUCAAUAUGAUUGGACAUGCCAUCAAGGAUUCGCCUUCGGGAAAACUGACUCUGAGCGAGAUCUAUGCCUACUUACAAAAGAGCUAUGAGUUCUUUCGAGGACCCUACGUGGGCUGGAAGAAUUCGGUGCGUCACAAUCUCAGCCUCAACGAGUGCUUCAAGAAGCUGCCCAAGGGCAUGGGCGUGGGCAAGCCAGGCAAAGGCAACUAUUGGACCAUCGAUGAGAGCUCGGCGCAUCUGUUCGAGGACGAGGGCAGUCUGCGACGUCGUCCACGUGGCUACCGCUCCAAGAUCAAGGGCAAGACUUAUGCCGUGAGUGCGAAUGGUUUCUACGGCGCUGGCUACGGCGAUGCAGCUAUGGAUAAUCCCAAUUUUUAUGCAGCACCUGCGUAUGCUGGCUAUGAUUAUGGCGCACCUGCCUCAGCCUCUGCCAAUGGCAUUUCGACGGCUGCUCAAAGCUUUGGUGACACCUGGAACGUGCAUGCGGCGCAUAGCGGAGCACCUGCCUUGGGAGUGGGCACAUUGCCGCAGUACUCGAACAUCACCUGCCUCACCACAGUGGGCAACAAUUUAAAUGGAGCAUUGACGCCACCGUUGGCGCACUCGUCGCUGGGUGGCGCAGCAUCCAGUUCGCCGGUUCCAGUGGCGGCGCUUCAAAGUGAUUAUGCGCCAGCAGCCAGUCUCGUGGCGGCGGGUUAUUCCUAUGCAACAAGUGCCAAUGGCUUGGAUAAUGGUCUGCGUUCCAUGUCUCUGCAGCAGCUCCCCGCCUUGUCCUCCAUCCAAACGGGACAAUCGCAAUCCCAGUCGCAUCACAACAACAACAACAAUAACAACAACAAUAAUCAUCAUCCUCAUCCACAUCACCAUCAUCAUCAUGGCACAAUGACACCGCCGCCGUCGCAGUCGGGCAACCAUGCGAUCGAUCGUUCUCCGAUCGAUCUGAAACCGGUUUACCUGCCGCCCAUAACUCCGCCCCCAACAUCCGUCAACGGUGGCUACUAUGAGACAAUUAAAUAUUCGAAUUAGAAUAUCUGUUUUUAACUCCUCCCAUAUGUUUUGAGUUAUUUUUGGCAUUAUUACCUCAAAGGAUAAUCAAUUUUAAUGUUAGCUCUUAAGUAGUUGCCAAAGUUGACACAAAUUAUGUUAUGUGUAGUUGCUUAGUGUGUAAACAACAACAAGUUCUUAUCAAAUAAAUAUCAUUUAAUUAGCAAGUAUUC